CCUUCUUCCGCUUCUGCUUCCAUCUUGUCCCGUGGCACCGUUGGCGUAGCGCCGAAGCCCAAGUUCCAAUUGUUAUGUAGCUGGACAGGCGAAAAGACGCGUCCAGACUUUCUUGGGUGUGAUUCAACGGCCCUGGGGCGCCAUUCUGUGAUUUAUUGCCUGUGUUACCCUGGCGAUUUUACCUCUGCAGUUCCAUGGUUGGGAACAAUAGCAACAGCAACAGCCAAGUCGGAACGGUUCUCCACACCGCACUCCAUCCCUUGGCUUGAAAGUUUGCGCUACGGUUGGCGUCCGAGAGUAUCAAUCAACCACGAGACCCCUGGCGAGCUCUCUGGGCUACAUGCCGAUUCGGUUAAUGCUGGCGCGAUAUCCAAUCCUGUAAGUCCUCGCUGGGAGCCUCCAGAGCGCCAUCAGCUUUAG